GAAGAGAAGAAGGUCCUUUUCCCAGCCAUCUUGUGGCUUCAUCUAGCGAAGUGUUCGCACCAAGCCUCGUAGAAUCGGAGGAAAAUCCUGCUGAAGGGGCGCCAUCAUGCCCGGACAAAUGCAAGAAGGUUUUGGCUGUGCCAUAGCCAAUCGGUUCGACCAGUUAUUUGACGACGAGUCGGAUCCCUUUGAGCUGCUGAAGCAAGCAGAAGUGAAGAAGAAGGAGGCUCCUGCUCCUGGUGCCGCCAAGACUGCAGCUCAGGCUGCCAAGCAGCCGAAAAAAGAGUCUCAAAAAGAGAGAAAGAUCCCACUGGCAGAUAAGAAGGAGGAAACUCAGGCACCCGUCCCACUAAAGAAAGAUGGUAAGCGUUACUGUCGCGUUUUCACUCUUAGUGAAGCUGAACGUAGCAUAUUUUUGGGCUAAUGGGCUACCUUGCUUGUUACCAGCUAGCAUUGCUUAAUAAGCCUCGAUGACAUGAGGUCCGCGUGGCUGCUCUCGCGCCCCUGCAUCUGUCAGCUGUGGGAAACGUGACAAUUAUGCUCACGUGCAAUACAAAAGAAUAUUUGGGCCGUAGCGAGUUAGUUUGAAGCAUUUUGUUGCCCCGCUUGUUUUGGCCUGUCCCCUUUCUAAUCGGCCUCUUCGAUCAGGCGGAACCUGAAAGCCAGACCAGCUCCACAGCCCUGCGGGGUUUGAGAGUCCACGCGAGCCUGGUGGGAUUUUCAUCCACAUCACUUGUUGCUCUGAGAUGGUAUUUAUUAUUGACGAGUUUAUAACUGGUUUUAUGUAUAAGUUUAAAAAUAUAUUCGGUGUUAGAUGAUAGCUCUCGGACUUGUUAAUUCAACAUGCCAAAAUAAAUGAAGUUAAACUUUAACAUUAUCGUGGAGAAUUUGUCACAAUGAAGUAGAAGAAGCAGCAGCAGCACCACCGCUCUCGUGGUGGUGAACCUCGUGGUUGUGAUGCAGGGCGUGCUCGAGCACAGCCUCCAAACUGCCACUUCCCAUUGGCGCUCAGCGCAUGUGAUCGACCUGCCUGAGUAUUUACUUUCACAUUUCUGCCAUGCUGUAUACAAUUUAUGUAAGUUUCGUGUAAUACUUGGAGAAGUGUGAUCUGAACGUGCGCAUUCCACUUUUGUGCUGUGUGGUUUGUGUAAUCGGAUUUCUUCCACGCAGAAAUUAGACCCUGAAAUGAAAGCAUUCACGCCGGCCGGUCAUCAGUCAGCCAAUAGAUGCCAAGUGUGCUCAGAUCUGUUAGUUAAGAGAAGAUGAGACAGGUGCGCUGACUAUGGUGUACCCAGCUGCCACUGUGUAGUAGAGAGCGUCUAUUUUGGUAGCUGGUGAUUUGGGUCAUGGGUGGGACAUGUUGUGUCACUCUGGGGCACUGACAGUCAGCCAUGUGUGCCUGCAGCUAAAUGCUAUGUAGGCUUUAUUUCCAAACACUGUGAGGCUGUGUAGUUGAGCUGAUGAGCACAAGAAGAAUCCAUGUUCCUAAGCACACAUUUGUUGGUAUUUUGUGCCCAUAAUUACUUUUUAUUUUUAACAGAUGUCCAUCAAAAAGUUUACUCUCCCAGCUCUCAAAUUCGGCUCAUUAAUUAGAUCAUGACUUGCUCAAUUUAAACAGAACAAUCAGGUCAGUUUUUCCUCUUGUCCAAGGCUCAACAGUGGGUCCUGAUCUAUUUGUGCUACUGGUCCUCUAAUCCUUCUGUUGUGGUCUACUGUAGGUGCCGGCAUGAGGAGAAUGGGCCGCAAACCAGAGGGUGAUGGCUCCAGACCCCAGGGCGGCCAGGGUGAGGGGCGCCCUCCCACAGACAGACGGCCAGCGGACAGACGGCCUCCACGUCGCUUUGAGCGGCCUGCCGGCGAAGCUGGAGACAAGCCUGAGGGUGGCGAAUUCUCAGUAGAGAAGUGAGUAUAGUUUCUAGAAAGCAUCCUUUUUGAUUUGAAAAGAGCGGACAAGAGGAGCAGAAUGAAUCCACUGGGGUUGAUCUUCUUUACUAGGUGUUUCCUUGUCAAAGUGGUCGAUAAAAUACGCCUGCAGAUAGGGAAUCUCUAAAUUGGCAAAGAGUAAUAAUUGUUAAGUCUAUACUUUGAUGUGUGUUUGACCAUGCUCUCUGUUCAUUCAAAGACCCGUUGGUGACAGGCCGUACAGAGGACGUGGUGGAGGUGGUGUUGGAAGAGGAGGCCGAGGGGGCAGAGGACGCGGCAUGGGCCGCAGCGAUGGCUUUGACUCCCGAGGAAAGCGUGAAUUUGAUAGACACAGCGGCAGCGAUAGAUCGUAAGUACUUUUUCAGCUCUUUUUGUUUCCUUGAAAUGAAAGAGUGUAAGAGUGUUUAAAACGAUUGUGUAGACAGUAAUGCAGUCCAUAUGUCAUGAUCGUGGCUAAAACAAAUGUUGUUUCAGUAGUCUGAAAGGUGAGGAGAAGCGUGGCGGAAGUGGAUCUCACAACUGGGGCACUGUCAAGGAUGAACUCAAGUAAGUCAACUGUAUGAAUCAUAAAUCUAGAUGAUGACACGUUACUGGAGUGAUUGAACACCUGACUAAUUUGGUUUUUCUCACAUAAGAAAAUGACACUAGUAUAUCAACUGUGUCAUGUUGCAUGAUGCUUAUAAGAGGAAAUACAUUAAAGAUGUUUAGGUAGGUUAUUCAGAUUUAGUCGGUUCUGAUUCUGCAAACAGAUUUCAAAUCAUAUUCUGGUUCAGAAUGAUGUCGAAUGCCAAGUGUCUGCAGAUGUACAAUAACUCAAAGUUAAUACUGGUACAGUGCAUCAACUAUGAUGUUAAAUAUUGUACAGCGUCCCUUUUAAAAAUAAAUAAUACAAUACUGGAAUAACAAGAAAGCACAAAUAUUCGAAGUAGUCAGCUCAUUACCCUUAAAAUCAAACUCAUAAAGUGAGACGAAUCCAUUUGAACUGCUGAAUCAUAUUGUAUAUUUAAGAAUUUCAUUGUGUGGCAUUAAAGCAGACAUUCUUUUAAUAUAAAUUAACUGCAGUAAAAUAAAACACUUUUUGUUAUGCAAAUUAUUUGGAAGCGCAAGAUGCAUCCUAAACACCUGACUUAUACGGCCAUCAAAUUUUUGACCACUGAUUAUUGAGUCCUAAAUAGAAGGAGGGAUUUUUUUUAGUUUGGCUCACUCGUGCCUUCAACUGCAAACAUUUUUUCCUCAUCCUUUAUAAUAGUGAUGCACGAUAUGAAAAAUUUCAACCGAUACCGAUAACCGAUAAUUUUCUUCUUCUCGUGGCCGAUACCGAUAACCGAUAAAUUCAUAUUUUUACAUUUAUUAUAAUCUUCAUAUAAUCUGCAGUUUGUGCAGGAUGCAGCGAUUGAAAACUGAUAUUUUUGUUGCUCUGGCCUAUCUAGAACAACAAACAAAAGUUUUUGGCUCUUCAAAUGUGGUCAUUUGCUAUAAAUAACAAUAACAGAGCAAAAAGCAGAACUUCAUUUGAUCCCCUGAACUGUUCAACAGAACUGUAAACUGUAAAGGAGCCAUUAUGAGCCGUUAGGCUUAGCAUGCUGACCGGACUAACAUCUGACGUCCAUAUGUCUGUGGUAAAACUCACGUGUAGUCCGUUCUUGUCGAUCAGGUUGUGAAUGUAUGUGGCGACAAUAUCAUAGAGUGCAGGAAGAGACACAUCCGAGAAGAAGCGGCGGCUUGGGAGAGUGUAACGUGGCUCCAAGUGUGCUAUGAACUUACGAAAACCCGGGUUCUCAACGACGGAAAAAGGCUGUUCGUCGACCGCUAUGAAUUCCAUCACUUUGUUGUUAAUGGCUUUAGCCUUUUCGCUGUCUCUUGAGAAGCUUUUGCAGUUUUUAAACGCCUGCUGAAUGGGGACAUCGAUCCUCCGUAGUGUUGUUGUCUUAGCUUUAGUACCGCUAGCGGCUUCGGCGGCUGUCUCAUAGUCCUUUAAUACUGCUCCGCCGCGAUGGCGACUUUUCAGAUGAGCUAUCAGAUUCGUUGUGUUAAAACUUGACGUCUUCUUUCCUCCUCUUGGAAUCCUCGCUGAACAGGUUUUGCAUAUAGCAGCUGUUGUCAUCUUCUGCCACUGAGAGAAACGACCAUGCUGGUGAAGACAUUUUAUUAUCUGUCAGGCAGUGACGGGGUCAGGCUUGGGACCUGCGAGUAAGGCUUGAUAGACGACGUGACCAGCGCGUCUCGGACGGGCGGCUACUCCGCCUGCAAACGUUACUCGUAAUUUCAUUAAUAUAUCGGAUCUUUCUAUCGGAAAAAUGCAACUAUCGGACCGAUAAAAAAUGACGUAAUUUCCCCCCAAAUCGGCCGAUAUUUUAUCGGUCCGAUAAAUAUCGUGCAUCCCUACUUUAUAAUUCGGUGAAGUGAUUAUAUUGUUGCUCGUCCUCCUAAAAGAUUUGACACUUUGACACAAACUUAAGCAUGUAGAAUUUAUAAUACUCAAUCACACUGUGUCUACUCUGCUGAUUCGAUCCUGUGCAGGGAGACAAAAACUCAGUCUUUCAUUUUUUCAGCCAAUUGUAUCAACACCUGUGAGUCUUUGGCUAAAAAAUGAAAACGGCCUGUUUUCCUGCAACUCACUUUGUGACUCCUAACCUUUUACUUAUGUAGAAUUAAACUGUUCUUAUGUGGGGGGGUCAUUUUUGCUCUAGUAGCUCAAAGCUGUCUCAAAACUAAAUUUGUUUCACAACAAGCUAAAAACAUCCUUGGAGAAAUUGUGACCAUCCUAUUUAAUUGUUUUUUUUUUUUUUUUUUUUUUUUUAUAGUGAGCUUGACCAAUCAAAUGUCACUGAAGAGAACCCUGAAGGAGAGGAGCAUCCACCUGCCGACUCUGAGAAUAAGUAAGUUUAACUUUAGUAGAAUGCCCCAGGAAAAUUCUACUAACUAACUCCUGGAGAGAAAUCUUGCAGGGACUUGGUGUUUUCCACCUCUCUGACUUUCUCUGGGCUCAAACCCAGAACCCAAAUUAAUUAAAGACAAUAACAAUGUGAAACUGUGUGUAUGUGCUUGUGUUGAAGGGAGAAUGAGGUUGAGGAAGUAAAGGAAGAAGGCCCCAAGGAGAUGACUCUGGAUGAAUGGAAGGCCAUGCAGGACAAGGAACGCGCCAAGGUGGAAUUCAACAUCCGUAAGGCCAACGAGGGAGCUACCUGGAACAAAGGAUUCGUGCUGCACAAAUCCAAGGCAGAGGUGGGUUAGAACCUGCCGGUGACUACCUUUAUAAAAUUUAUGUUUUCCUUUUCACUUUAGUGAUGUUUAUGAUACACUUGACCAUAAAGACCUUCCAAUAUUUUGUGGUUCUUUGAGGUCAGAUUGAGUGAGACUGCCCAUGUAAUUUCUAUCCAUUACAAUUUGUACUAUUAGGCACAGAUAGCAACCCACAACCACUGCUCUAUGACCAGAGAUGGGCCCUUUACUUUAGGUUAAAGCAGUAGUUCUCAAGUCCAGUCCUCGAUGCCCACUGUCCUGCAUGUUUUGGAUGUUUCCCUGCUCCAACACACCUGAUUCAAAUGAUUAGCUCGUUUUAAGCCAUUACAGAGCUUGAUAACGAGCUGAUCAUUUGAAUCAGGUGUGUUGGAGCAGGGAAACAUCCAAACAUACAGGACAGUGGGCCUCGAGGACUGGACUUGAGAACCACUGUUUUAGGUUAACGGUUACACAAACUGUUUUUUUAAGUCUGUUUUUAGCAGUUUUCACAUAAAAUUACUCAAAAGUGUAAAAGGGCCCUGAUUUCCAGAAGCCAUCAGUCUGAAAAAUGUGACUUUAUAAUGUUGUCCUGACUAAAACAGAACAAUUAAGUCAUUUAAAGAGUAGAGGUGCAAAAUGAAACAUCUAGAGUGUAGUUCACCUUUUGCUAUCUCUAUGAUCUCGAUUUACAGAUUAUGCAUAAAGUAUUGUGGUGUGCUGUUUGUUGUAUGUUUAUAGUGUAAAGAACAGAACAUAUCUCAGCUGCCAUAACACACACUAACCACACAGUGUCGUAAAACAGUAGACCAUGAUUGCAAAUGAGUUUCAAGAUUGUCCAUCAGACCUACUGUCAAACAAAGUACCUCAGGGACUUACAAGGACUUUUUAUAACAGUUUGACAUAAUGAAUUUAAUGAAUAACUAACAAGAAACUGUUGCUAUUGAUGCCACUAAGACAAAAGAGACUAAAAGAUUUUUUAAUUGUUGCCAUAAUUGUGUAACUAAUUGGAAAGAGAAAGGCUGCCUCAUGAUUUCAAGCGACCAGUCUUUGAGCGCUAACUUUGAAUUAUUGGUGUAUUCAUAUUGAGUUGUUUUGUAUAUCAAUUGUGUGGCGGUUUAUUGAUCAUCACAGAUUGUGCAAUCAACCUUCUGAACCUUUGUGUUUUUCUCAGGAUAAGAAAGGUGAAGUGAUUGAACCUGAGGUUGAAGAGCCCAAGGUAAAACUUCUUGAGUUGUUGCACUUGAAUCACGUCUGACCACAUCAGUGCAGACCUGUCGAUGUUUACACCAAGUCCUAACUGACUCCCCUUUCUGAAAUGAAGGUAGAGGACGAGCACCACUUCCGAAAGCCAGCCAAUGACAUCACAUCCCAGCUGGAGAUCAACUUUGGAGACCUGGGCCGUCCAGGCCGUGGACGAGGCGGGCCACGUGGAGGCCGGGGUGGUCGGGGCCGCGGGGCUCCUCCUCCUGGUGUGGAAACUGCCAGACCGGUCCGCGGAGGAAGGACUGACAAGGUAAAUAUCUAAAGUUUAGCUUGAUGUUGUAUCCUCAGCGCCAAAGUAUCUGUGGUCCACAUCAGUCACAGAGGACACCAGUGAACGUGGGUCCGUUUUUAGAAGACUUCUUCCUAGUCCCUGUAACUCCCUUUUGGGUUUUUGUCAGUUUGAGUAUCUUUUUUAUGGUGAUUCCUCCAACUCAGUCCUUGCUGUCUCCCACAGUCAUCUGCGUUGGUGCCCAACGUGGACGACCCGGAGGCCUUCCCAGCCCUGGCUUAAGCCCGGCAGAUGACCCUCAGGCCUACAGGAGCCUCUUGAGCACCUCCACUACGAGGCUUGCAUGUUCCUGGAUCCUUCAGCAAAGUGAAAUGAUGGAGAAGACUGUCAUUAACUAUGGCACUCAAUGUGAGGACUGAGUUUUACCCAAUAAAAACAAAGAUGGAAAAAAAAAACAGAAAUUAACAAAAAAAAAAAACUUAAAAAAAAAAAAGAAAGAAAAGGACUUCUUGCUACCCUGGAGCAACUUAUUGGUAGAGGUUUUGUACUUGGAAACAAAGUAGCAGGGAUGUUUUCAUACAGUAUUUUUUUCAGAGGUUAUGCAUUGUCCAUUGAUAAAUUUUUGUAAUUGCUGCUUUAAAAAUGCGUUUGGAAAUGAAAAGCAUAAGAAGAGUGUCUUUAGCCGGUGUUAGCUCUAGCUUUUUUGCUUUGAAAUAGGCACUGUGGAGCUCCUGCCCAAGCUCAUAAGCUCUGCUGCACCAGCUGUUUCUGAAGAUGUUACAGCUUCACUCAUUGAGAUUUACAGAUUUUUUUUUUUCUUAAGCACUGGGGUAUUGUUUUAUAUUUUAUACAGGAGGUCUAUUCUUCUAUGAUCUUCGGCCUGUAAAUCUUAACUAUUUUCAUAAAUUCUUUCAGAGACUGUAUUUCUCAUGGUGCAAACAGGACACACGUGUAUCUUUGAUCAGGUGGUGCCGCCUAUGUUUGAAUGCAAUGAUGGAAAAGAACCCAGAUCUGUGUUGUGGUUCUUCUGUACUGAAAUGUUGUCAAGAAGGAACAUUAGGUCACUUUGGAGGAACACUAUGGUGAAUCCUCCUCAAUUUGCAUUGAUCAGGGGACAACCAUGAAAUGGAUUAAUUUGAAGCUGGCAGUUAUUUCAUGUGUUCUGAUUUCUAUCCUGUAUUCAGGGUGCUAUAAAACAUCCAAUUUCUCUCCUCCUCCUGCCUGUUCCAUCUGGAAUCACCAACUGUGCAAGCCAGUGAAUACAUUUGUUUUGUACUUUUGAGAAGUGAUUCGGAGAGGAAGUGUCUUUUCACGGUGGAAACAUGACCACAGUCGUCCGGGAGCCCUGAGACCUUUGACUUGUCACACUCCAAUCGGGCCUCCGUCACAGAUGUAAACUCAGCCCAGCUCCAGUUUGUUUCUGCAGUCUGUUCUGUGCUCAUAUUUUCCUCCACUUGCCCUGUAGCUUUUGCAGUGGCACCACUGCAUAAUUGCUCUGAAAGAAAUACAGCUGUUCAUUGUGUGGAACAACUGAAGUGCUCUGCAAAUGUGUGAAUUCCAGCCCUGCUAUUAGAGACCUCUGUCGGUAAAUAAAGAUGGUCGAUAAAUUUUUUUGCAUUGUUUCUUUUUUUAAUGUCGCUGACUAAGGCAACAGGUUUAAAGAAGUGAAAUCCUUUUAUUUGCUUCUGCCUUCCAUUAUGUAUUAUGCAUCAGUGUGUUAUUACAAAGUCCUCUGCCACAAACCUAACAUUUUUGAAUUCUCACUGUAAAUGCCCUCACUGUGGGCCAUCCUGUUAGACAUCAAAUCGAUUGCAGAUUAAACAAUUUGCCCCUCAUGAAAUAAAGAGUUCCCCUGAAACGCUCUGAAGAAGAAGGCUUUUCAGAUUGUUUAAAAUGUUGCUUGGGUAUUUUGAGUGUGUUGAAUUUACACAAAAAUUAGACCAGUGGUUCUCAAGUCCAGUCCUCGAGGCCCACUGUCCUACAUGUUUUGGAUGUUUCCCUGCUCCAACACACCUGAUUCAAAUGAUCAGCUCGUUAUUAAGCCAUUACAGAGCUUGAUAACGAGCUGAUCAUUUGAAUCAGGUGUGUUAGAGCAGGAAAACAUCAAAACAUGCAGGACAGUGGGCCUCGAGGACUGGAUUUGAGAACCACUGCAUCAGACUAAAGGAGCAUUAAUGUGUCAAAAAUAAAUGAAUACACAUCCCAUAAUAAACUGGUGAUCACAUGAUACUAGUUUCAGAAGCUCAGUGAUGUGCAGUAUUUGGCUUUUUAUUGAGGUGUUUUGAUGUUUCCUCCUCUGCCUUGAAGUCUUGUGCGCACAUUCAUGGUCACUCAGUAAAAUGUAACAUGCUGAGUGAUCAUACAUGUAUUCAUACAGUGUCAUAAAAAAAAAGUAAAUUGAUCAGUAAUAUGCUGUUUUUUAACUGUAUACUGUUGGAAAGACAGGGCACCCACUGCAUGCCAUAAGGCACCAAAAAUCACUUAAUGAAGAUACGCCUCAAGCAGCAUUUUAAAGACUGCUGUUCAGGGAUGUGAUUCUUCUCCAUUUGUCCCAGAAUAGUAAGGUGUUUCAAACCUUUGAUAACCACAGCCAAAGGUUCACUUAAACAUACUGAGGCACAAGUUAUAAGAAGAGUGUCUAAGGUUCCUGCUGCCCCAGGAAAAUUCGACAUCCAGCACAUCAUCCCCUGAACUAUCUCUGAUAAAUCCUGAUGCAACAACACCAAAUGAAUCAUUCAUGAUUGGGAAAAUAAAUACUACUUCCUACAUGAAGUUCACUCUGUUAUGAGAUUGAGUCUUCAGGUCACACAAUCAUUUAAAAGUUUAAUAAUGUAAUAUGUGCUCAUAUUUAAGUAUUGAACUACAGUCCUGAACCUUGCAUAUCAACCAUUGGGUCAAAUUCCAGAAAGUACCCCACUGAGCAUUUUUUAGUCUCAAAGAGGUCUAAUAGAUGUCUAAAUGUAGCCUAGACAACUGGUCUAAAAUCAUGCUACCACAGGUCUAAAAAUAAAAGGUUUUUAGACGUCUAAAUUUAGACAAAGUUUAUAUGAGCCGGCUAACAGAAGUCUGACUAAAUUGCUCAACGGCUAUCAGAAUUAUUUUGGUUAAGUACUUGGAGAUCAUUUAUGCAACUGCUUUUUGAAAUAAGAAGUGAUAGAAUAAUGGGUUAAAGUGCAACUUCCAAAUGCCGUCAAAAAAUAUACAGAAUCUAGAGUUGAAAUUAGGUCUAAAACAUAAAACCAGAUGUCCAAUAGCCAUCUAUUUCUCAAUGGGACACUUGAUCAUUUUUUAUUUAUUGGCAUUAUUGGUAUUUACAAGGAAUCUAGGGGGGUACAUAGUUGCAUUUUAUCCUCUUAAAGGAAACCUGGUAGGGCAUGUUUUGAUGUUCAUCAACUACAAAGACAGUCAAGAGGGCUUUUCUGCUACACAUUUUCAGGCA